AAGAGUCAUUCCCUUUUCAGAAAUUUACCUCUACUUCUUUUCUUUCUUCAUCUACAAACAAUGUGUUUUCAUUCAAUUCUUGAUUAAACAUUCCAAUAUCUCCUCUGAUUUUUUUUGCACUUUCUUGUAAGAAGAAGAAAAAUAAUCCAAUGGCAUGUUCUCAAUUUAUAGUCUUUUGGCAUAGAAAUCUACAGACUAUAAUCUUUUUGUUACUUUUAUUCAUUUCUGGGUUGACACAUGUUAGAUUAACAGCUGAAGGUAGGAGAAUACUCAAAACACAGACUGGAGUUGUUACUCAGAGAAAAAAUGAAGAGAAGAUGAUAAAGAUGAGAUCUUUAAUAGGUUCAAGACCACCAAGAUGUGAAGGAAGAUGUAGAAAUUGUGGACCAUGUGAAGCAGUUCAAGUACCAAUUGUGCCAAAUCUCAAGAAGCAACAAACAUCAAGAAUUCAUCAUCAAUUGAAUGCAUUUCCUAAUUUGUUCUUGGCAUAUUCAAGAGGUGAUGAUAUAUCAAAUUAUAAGCCUAUGUGUUGGAAAUGUAGGUGUGGGAAUUUUUUCUUUAAUCCUUGAUUAAAGAUGGAAGGAAAAAAAAGAUCUUUUU